AUGUUCUCGGCAUGGCACCAGUUCGAGGCAGGCUGCUUGCUGAUUCUGGAGCUCACUUCACUUCCAGUCUUCUCCAGCAGCACUGGAGUCGAUUGUGCAUUUGAUAUCAUCAGACUGGCAGCAGGGUCCUUCUCACUCUGCACAACCAUCUGUACAGGACAAGACGUCCAUGAGUCGACCGGGGUGGCCAGUUCAUUUUUGGCCGACAUCCCGAUCAGCAGACAACGGAACCCCAGUCAAUUAAAAAGGCCCCAAGGAACCCUGUCCAAGCCCAGCUUCUUUCCCGAAAGGGGCCCUCCGCCAAGCACUCUCAAGACGACGACGACGUCCCCUCAGCGAGUCGACACCUGUGCGGCCAAACUCUAA